CACCAAAUAAAACAGAGCCGUCCGGUCCCAAAGGAGCGUCUCUCCAAUUGGCACCUAAUUUCUCGUUCUGUAACUCUUUAUCUUCCUCAUCAACCAGCCAUUGUUGAAUCACACAGUAUAAUAAUACACAUUUUCUUGCUCUGCACACAUCCCCAUAGCUAAAAAUACUCAAAGAAAAUUCAAUAAUCAAUACACAAUACCCCUGCAUUUCCUCCAUUACUAUGCACGUUUAAGCUUGAUCUAGAUUUGUUCCUUUCACUUGUUUUUUUCUUCUUCUAAUAUAACAGGGUUAAUGGGUACCGUAUAGUCGUAAACUUCCUCUGUUUUCACUAUCAAGAUUUGUUAAUGUUUUGUCCCUUUCUAUUCUGUUAAUUUCUUCCAUUUAACUCUUCUUCUCCUCAAGUGGUUAAAGAAUCUCUGUAUUUCUUCGUUUUGUGCUAAACGGGGAAUAUAAUAUUGCUUAAUUCCAAAAACCCAGAAAAACCCAUGUUUUUUUUUCAUCAUUUCAAGAAAAGAAUCGAAAACCCAGUUGUUGUUUUUUUGUAUUAAGAUUGUUGUAUUUUGAUUUUUAUACGAUUUGGGUAAAUGGGGAAUUGUUUUGGGGUAUCGAGGAAGUCGGCAUCGGAGAUUGCGCCGGCCGAUGUGCUGAAGAAAUAUCCGGCUGUUAAGCUGUACGGAAAUCCGAAUAGUGUUACGACCUAUUACAUUCGAUGUGCUCUGCUUUACAAGCCGGUGACAGUCAAUUUCAUCCCCUCCGAUACCCACCAAUCGCCGGCGGUGGAGUAUAAAUCGGAUUCAGUCACUGGGUCUGUUGAUUCCGUGGUGCGUUACUUGGAUUUGAAGUUUCCGGAGCCGAAGCUGUUGACGGGGUGUAUUGGUGGGUGGUAUGAUGAAACGACGCCGUAUGUUGUGUGGUUGGUGAUUUUGCAGCAUAGGAGUAUGAUGUGGCAUUUGGAGAGAAUGGGGAGGUGGGCGGAGGACUUGGCGGCGCGUGGAGGUAAAGCACGAGGUGAUCCGGCGAUGGGGACUCCACGAAUGGAGGUGAGGAAGUUUGCUAGAGGUUAUUCACAGUUGCUGGAGCUAAUGCUUGAACAUGCUCAAAUGGAAGAAAGAGUUGUCUUUCAAAUCUUGGAAAAAGCUGAUAGAGGACUGUCUAAAGCUGCAAAUGAGGACCAUGCAAGGGACCUUCCUAUGAUGAAUGGUAUUAAAGAAGAUAUCAAAUCUAUAGGAGUUCUUGAUUCAGGGCAUCCUGCCUACCAAGAUGCCCUCUGCAACCUCUCUACUCGACUCAAAACCUUAAAGGAGCAUAGCAAGAAACACUUUGAAGAAGAGGAGAAGAAUCUACUGCCACUGAUGGAGGCGGCUGAAUUGAGUAAAGCACAACAGGAUAAAGUCCUAGACCAGUGUUUGGAUGUCAUGCACGGGACACACUCACAUCUGUUUCGUUUCUUUAUGGAAGGCCUCCUCCCUCCAGAUGCCAUGCAUUACUUGGACAUGCUUUCUAGGUGCAGUGACCAAAACCGAGUGUCUACUAUGCUCCGGUUAAUCAUUGAUAAGACUGUAUAAUCAAUACAACAAUCACUCGAUGAUCAAGAAAUUAAUCGUUGAGUCUGGUCCAGCUUCGCGCUUAAAGUGGAGCACUUGAUGCUAUGAUCACUUGUAAUUGCUUUGCUCUUCUUUUAUGUUCUUUAAGAACCAUUGUUACCUUUUGUUGUUUCUUUCACAAGGCAGAUACUCAAAGCAAAAGGGAGGAGAGGUUGCCUUA